AUGCCCAUCUCCAACCCGCCCGCCUCUGCUCCUCCCCCCCGCCCGCCGCCACGAUCCCCGCCGCCGGCAACCACCGUCGCCGCGCCGCCCACGCCUCAACUCACCGCGCCGCUGCCCGCAGCCCACAGCGCCGCCCGCCGCCUCAUCUCGCCGCACCGUCCCGGCCCCCUCGCCCGCCCCAGCACACCGUGCCGCGCCGCCCCUCUUACCGCAGCCGCGCGCCCCCGGCCCCCUCCUCCCGCAGCAGACCGCCCCGGAGCCGCGCCCCCCGGGCCUCUCCUCCCCUCACUGCCGGCUCCAUGGUGA